GGUCUCUAUAGAUUGACUCCCAAAGGUUCAGGGUAUAUAAGAGGGAUCCAACAGCCACCACUCACAAACCUUUACUCUGGGGCUCGGCGAAAGAGCUACCACAAAGAUGUACAGCUGUAUGGGAAUAUCGCUUCUUCUUAUUCUUUGUUUUAAAGGCUCAUAUGGUGAGGAAUCCAUCGAUUUGGAACCAGGAGUGGAUAAAGUCCCGGAGAAAGUGGAGCAUGGCGAAGAAGGCUCCGCCAAGUACAAUAUAAACACUGUAACACUGACCGGCAACAAGGCAACGGGCAAUAAAGUGACAAACGAUGACAAGCGACCUCCAUGGCCUCCUCGCCCCGGAAAACGGACCUUCAGACCCCAGGAGAGUGCCGACACCCCCUCUAUAUUCCGACCGGGUCGCAGUGUUCACGAGGAUCAACUCCUAUUCCGACCGGGUCGCGCCAACUUGCACAAGCGACAGGGGCUAAUGUUCAGGCCUGGCAGACGUGAAGAUGUACCAAAGCCUCAAAUCUUUAGACCCGGUAGAAGAGAAGACAUUCCCUCUGAUGACGAUCAGUUAAUGUUCCGUCCAGGGCGUAACGAGGAACAGCUCUUCAGACCUGGGAGACGAAGUGACGUAGGUGACGAACAGCUUUUGUUUAGACCUGGGAGACGAAGCGAUUUGGAGGAAGAUCAACUUAUAUUCAGGCCUGGUAGACGAAGCGAUGUAGCAGAGGAGCAGCUGUUUAGACCUGGCAGACGAAGCGACGUGCCUGAGGCUUUUCUUGACCAGUGGACCUCAGUGAGGCCGGGUCGUGGGGGGUAUCGAAUGCCGUGGACGUACACUGGCAAUAGCGUCAACUCGCACGUCUCUCAGAAAUCACACACCUUCAGACAGAAGGCCGUCGAACAAGAGAAAAAGAAGAGGGAAGUCUAGUAGAUAUGCACUAUGAAAUUGUGUACGAGAGGUGUUUUGCACAUGUAAAUUCUAGUAGCACACACACAAAAAAUUGAGAAAAAAUCACAUUGAACCAUCCCGGGAAAAUAAACAUUUUCAUGGUAUAUACAUAUGGACCGACAUUUCAAUUGCAAUUGUAAAUUUCCAUGAAAUGGCUAUAUUAAACAAAACUCUGUACAUAACGUACAUGUCGCUUA